UUUGAAAUUUCAGGAAAAUGUUUGUUGGUGGCCUCAGUUGGGAUACAAGCAAAAAAGACUUGAAAGACUACUUCACCAAGUUUGGUGAGGUAACUGACUGUACGAUAAAGAUGGACCCCAACACGGGAAGAUCCAGAGGCUUUGGAUUUAUACUCUUCAAAGAACCUGGGAGCGUUGAAAAGGUUCUGGAACAGAAAGAACACAGGCUAGAUGGACGACUAAUUGACCCCAAGAAGGCCAUGGCAAUGAAAAAGGAUCCAGUGAAGAAAAUAUUUGUUGGUGGACUUAACCCCGAAGCCACAGAAGAGAAAAUCAGGGAAUACUUUGGCGAGUUUGGAGAGAUUGAAGCAAUUGAACUUCCAAUGGAUCCAAAGACCAACAAAAGGAGGGGGUUUGUGUUCAUCACUUUCAAGGAAGAAGAUCCAGUGAAGAAAGUUUUGGAGAAGAAAUUCCAUAACGUCAGUGGAAGCAAGUGCGAGAUAAAGGUAGCACAGCCAAAAGAAGUAUACCAGCAGCAACAGUUCAGUAGUGGUGGAGGAAGAGGUAGCUAUGGAGGAAGAGGCAGAGGUGGAAGAGGCGGUGCUCAAAGUCAAAAUUGGAAUCAAGGUUAUGGCAAUUACUGGAACCAGGGUUAUGGGAAUCAAGGAUACGGCUAUCAGCAAGGUUAUGGUGGCUAUGGAGGCUAUGAUUAUUCAGGAUAUGGGUAUUAUGGAUAUGGACCAGGCUAUGAUUACAGUCAAGGCAGUGCAAAUUACGGGAAGACACCAAGGCGUGGUGGCCAUCAGAAUAACUACAAGCCAUAUUGAUCAAACUUAUUCAGGUUAAACUGAAACUGAUUUUGAGGGUCUGCUUAAAGCUGCAGCUCUGCAUCUAGGGACUGCCUCUUGGAGUUAACUAUGGACUCUGCAUUACUCCAGUUGUACAGAAAGAGAUGCAUCUUUAGGGAACCAGUGUCACUUUCCACCUUUUUAUUUUGUAUUGUUUUUGUGUCAUACAUUUCCUGUAACGGAAGUGUUAAUUUUACUGUACUUUUUGGUACCUUUUUGGAAUCUAAUGUAUUGUAAGGUAUUUUACAUGUGUUCUGAUUCACCAUGACAUGGAUAUUGAAGCUAUCCUAGCUUUUGAAAUAAAAAAGGCGUAAUCUAG